AUGGAUCAGUACGGCGUGGCCUUCUACGGCGCCGGCGACGUCGGGAACUUCAACGGCGGAGGAGGAGCAGAGUACGCGACGGUGACGUCCGCGCCGCCGAAGCGGCCGGCGGGGCGGACCAAGUUCCGGGAGACGCGGCACCCGGUGUACAAGGGCGUGCGGCGGCGCGGGCCGGCGGGGCGGUGGGUGUGCGAGGUGCGCGAGCCCAACAAGAAGUCCCGCAUCUGGCUCGGCACCUUCGCCUCCGCCGAGGCCGCCGCGCGCGCCCACGACGUCGCCGCGCUUGCUCUCAGGGGCCGCGCCGCCUGCCUCAACUUCGCAGACUCCGCGGACCUGCUCCAUAUCAACCCGGCCACGCUCCAUACCCCCGAGGACAUCCGCGCCGCGGCCAUCGCGCUCGCCGAGGCCGCCUGCCCCGCCGCGCCGGCCUCGUCCUCCUCCUCUGCCUCCACCGCCCAGGCCGCGGCGCCCGCGGUGAUGAUGCACCAGCAGGGGAUAUCGAUGCAAGAAGAGGCGGAAGCAGCGAUGGCGCAGUACAACGACUACGCGAUGUACGGAAGCAUGGGGGACUUGGACCAGCAUUCGUACUGCUACGAGUACGAAGGGAUGGGCGGCGCGGGCAGCAAAUGGCAGGAUAACUCGCAUAUGGACGGAGUCGACGACGACGGCAGCGGCUACGGCUACGGCGCCGGCGACGUCACGCUGUGGAGCUACUGA